CUUCCCUCUGCUCUCCCGCCCGCCAAACCGCUUAGCGUCAUUACCUCAAGUCGUCGUCUCCCUUGGCUUUUGCCCCUCUACUCACCCAACCCCGCCUUACCGGUCCGGAGCAACCUUCCCUCUCCUACCCACCCAGCCAGCGUAGUCGUCGUCUCGCCUGCUGGUCCGCCGCCCCACUCGCCGCCGUGCCCCCGCCCCCCCAAACCAAUCCGUCGCUCCGCCCGCCUCUCCGAGCCAGCCAGCGCAACCAGCCUAGCCGAAACCCACGACGAUAUAAUUCCAAGAUGCCGUUCCAGACUCACCACCGCCCCAACCACUACGAGAACGUUCCCAACGCUCACGGGCACUUUACUGCUGUCAACCCGCUGAACCUCCACCCCCGCAACUACCUCACCGACGAAGAAAUCAUGGCUGCCUUCACAAAUUUCUGGUCUGCCGUCCCCCAGGGACCUGCCGACCCCAUCCUUGGUGUGACCGACGCGUUCAAGCGCGACGCCUCCAAGCACAAGAUCAACGUCGGUGUUGGUGAGUGUGCCUACCGUGACGAGGAUGGCAAGCCUUGGGUCCUCGACUCGGUCCGCAAGGCCGAGGACAUUCUCCACGAGCAGCGCUCGGACAAGGAGUACCUCCCCAUCACUGGCCUUGCCAACUUCCUCACUCUCGCUGCCAAGCUCGCCUACGGCGCCGACUCGAAGCCCCUCGCUGAGAACCGCAUUGCCGUUGUCCAGUCCAUUUCGGGCACUGGCGCCCUCCGUAUCGGCAUGGAGUUCCUCGCUUCGUUCUACAAGGGCCCCCACACCAUCUACCUCCCCGACCCCACCUGGGGCGCUCACCCCGCCAUCGCCGAGAAGGCCAACCUUGCCGUCAAGCGCUACCGCUACUUUGACCGCAAGAACAUUGGCCUCGACUUCAUUGGCAUGAAGGAGGACCUCCAGAAUGCCGAGGAGGGCUCGGUCAUCCUUCUCCACGCCUGCGCCCAGAACCCUACCGGUGUCGACCCCACCAAGGAGCAGUGGAAGGAGCUCUCGGACCUGAUCAAGGCCAAGAAGCACCUCGCCUUCUUCGACAUGGCGUACCAGGGCUUCGCUUCGGGUGACGUCGACCGCGACGCCUUUGCCCUCCGCUACUUUGUCGAGCAGGGCCACCAGAUCAUGCUCUGCCAGUCGUUUGCCAAGAACCUUGGUCUCUACGGCGAGCGUGCCGGCACCUUCUCGAUGGUCACGUCGUCGCCCGAGGAGAAGGAGCGCGUCCUUUCGCAGCUCAAGCGUGUCAUCCGCCCUCUCUACUCGUCGCCCCCUCUCCACCCCGCCCAGCUCGUCGCCACCAUCCUUGGCAGCCCCGAGCUUUACCAGGAGUGGCUCGGUGAGGUCAAGAAGAUGGCCGACCGUAUCAUCGCCAUGCGCUCGACCCUCUACGACAAGCUCGUCGCUCUCCAGACCCCUGGCAACUGGGACCACAUCAAGACCCAGAUUGGCAUGUUCUCGUUCACUGGUCUCACCCCCGAGCAGGUCGACGCAUUGGCCAAGUCGGCCCACAUCUACAUGACCAAGGACGGUCGUAUUUCCAUGGCUGGAUUGAAUGAGCACAACAUUGACUACUUUGCCACGUCGGUGUCCAAGGCCGUCAAGGGCGACCUUGUCCCCUCGGCCCACAUGUAAUUUUGGCGAGUAUUCUUUGUUGUGCCACGAUCUUCAGCAGUCAAAACAUUGUAGAGUUACAUGCUGGGUUAUGCAUGGUGUAGGACACUGG